AUGGCAGAUAAUGAAGUUGUUUUGAAAAGUUUGAACAAUUCCCAAAAUAUAACUGCCGUUUUUUUACACGAAAUCACUAAUCACAUAUUAUGUAGUAGUGAUCAAGUCGUAAAGUGCUAUGGUAUUUCUCAAAAUCCCCAAACUAAAGACUAUCUUAUGAUAUGCGAAGGACUUCGCCCCCAGUUUAAAAUUAAAGUUCCAUCAUUGCUCGAAGAUUUAAUUAGUAAAUGUUGGGAUGCGGAUCCUGCGGUUCGUCCUACUGCUAGUGAACUAAAAGGGAUUUUGGGCAAUUGGAGUUAUGAAAUUUUAGAUGAAAAUUCAGAAUUUGGCAGGCAAUACGAAGAAGCAGAAAGAUUUAACAAAAAUAACCUAAUACUUUUUUCCUAUCAAGCUCAUCCCCAGGCCAUUUAUACUAGCCGCUUAUUAGAUUUUAAGAAUUUACCUGAACCUCAGAAUAGUAAAAAAAUUAACGACCAAUUUUACAGCCAACUUAUAGAUAUUUCUUCACCAUUAGAAGUUAAUUCCUUAUCAAUUGGUUUAUCGGAACUUAGUUUAGAAGACACCGAAACCGAGCAGGAAGAAACAAUAGCCCAAAUCCAAAUCCCACCUAAAUAA